GCAGUCAUCGCUUCUCUGUGUGAUAAGUCUCUUAUCUGGGACAAGAUCACUGCAGCUGUAUGCUGUGCUAGGGAGCUUCGACUUGUGCAUACAGCAAGAGGCCAGCAACCGAGCUUGAACGAGGAAGAUCAAGAGCUUGCACAGCGUAGUGUAUGGUUUCUUUACAGCUUAGAGACUCAAUACGCGAUUCAUCACGGCAUGGUUCCGAUCUUGGAUCCUGAAUGGGGAACCCAGUUUCCCUCUUUUGAACGAGGUGACGACAUGAUCGCGGUCUCGUACACCUACUCGGAGCUUCUUCACUGUAUUCUUAAGUCCCAAUACAGUCCAAGAGCACUUAAAAAAUUGUCUUCCGCCGAUGAUCAUGUUCAGGCGAGUUGCCGUGCCCUCAACGAGUGGGUGAGCAGGCUUCCCUCACCACUAAGCGAGGCAUGCGACGCCAAGAAUAUACAAGAAAUUGAAGACGACCGGCAGUUACGGAAAGCAUUUCGUGUCUUCUGCAUGUAUCAUCGAGCGAUAUUCUUUAUUAACUGUCCAUGGAUAACGUCAACCCCUUCCGAUGAUUCGAAGUCAUCCAGGGUUCCUGAGCUAACACGGGAGAAAUGUGCGGAGCGUUGCAUUGAGUCAGCAUUUGCUGUAGUCAAGCUGGCAAAUGGCGGGCUCUUUUGGGAAAGGGGUCUUGAAAGUUCGUCAAGUGGACGGUGGGGUGACAUGGGUCAGCUUCUACUGGUCUCCCUCUGUUUUAUUGUCUAUUACGUUGUCAAUGGCAAUAAAUGCGACCGGAAGGCCGCCAUGCCUUAUCUUGCCAUCUGCGGUGGCUUGUUCGGGCAAUUGAGUCUGGAGAGCGAGGAGGGGUCGCUUGCUGAUCAUUACCUGAAGUUGGUCCAGAUAGUCAGUGCUACCUAA